CUCAUGGAGAACGAAGUGCCCGCUGUUCAGGUGCCUGACGGUCGCUCCUCAAGGAGAGACCGUCUCAUGGGCAAGCUCUUUAAAGCUGGAAAGGACCGCAAAGCUACCGAGCAGCAGUCCGCCGCCAACGUCGAUGCCUUCCUCCACAGCUCCUCCGAUAAUCUUACAAUCACCCAUCCGCCCCCGCCUCCCCCGCCGUCAUCGCUACCCAAGCUAGCGAAGCUCGACACCACAUCAAUCUCACGCUACCCUCAAGCUCUAGCUGUCAACCAUGCAGCUCAGCAGAAUCGCCCCCUUGUACCAGGGCGCCCCGAUACCAAUACGCCGAAACGAAGCCCACGACCAAACAGAAAGGGCCUUAUUGUUAGGUUUGACGAUUCGGCGCCAGAGGUUAUUGGUGAAGGAGGCGACGAAACCGAGGCGCCAACUAUAGAGAUCUCGAAGCGCAAGAAGGCUCGACCGCCGCCACCUCCACAACCUCGCAAGCCAGCAUCUCCCCCAGGGCGACCUCCUCCACCGCCUUCAGAUGCAGGUACACCUAGAAGUGCUCCCGCGGUGGACGAUUUCAGGCCGAAGCCACUGUUGCGAAACCAGACCGGCUUUUCUUCCAUCUACGAGCCCGAAUCUCCCGCUAGGUUUCUGGGUGCGGCAGCAAACCACGAUGAUAAUAGGAGAUCAUUUAUCGAGAUUCACUCUGCGCAGAUGCGCGAAGCUGAAGGCAGAGUGUUCGCCGAAGCUGCUCGUGUGGCCAGCGCUACAUCUGCGUCUUCUCACAAUUGGGAUGACCCUCAUUCCGCCGAGCCCCUUUCCACUUCUCCUGUUACAGCGCGCAGACGAGGGCCCCCGUCACCGGAAGCUCAGAUCUCGAAACCCAAUAUUUCAUACAGUCCCGCAGCUUCAGUCCAUUCUAGCUCGACAACUGGAUAUUCCCCCCCGCCAACUCUGGUUCCAGCUGCUCCUCCUGUCUCUGCUCCUGUUCCUGCCCCUGUGGCAGUUCCAACACCAGAGCCGCAAAACUUGUCUAGGGAGCCAAGUGUUGCCUCUCAGCGUGCGCCCCCUCAAAUGGCGUCUAGAUCACUGUCUAUCAGGGUUGGCGAUGGAAAUUCUGCAGCGGCAGAGCAAGCACUUGAGACCUUUAUCUCUCGAACGAAGCAUCUUUUCGAGCUUUUCCGUCUUCAUGCCGAAUCUGUUCAGCCUUUAUCUACCUGCUCUCUUACAGAAUGCGCCAGAGGUGCCCUGUGGUGGUUUUUGAAAGGCCGUAUGGGCUUGGAGCUGGCAAUUCGAGAACGACCAAACUCCCCGCAAGGCCAGAUGCAAAAUGACCGGGACCGCCAGCAAGCUUAUGCGAAUUUGGCCAAGGCAUUCUGGCUUUCGGAGCAGAUUGUCCCCGAAAUAGCGCAGUCACAGGGCUUGGAACCGGAUUCUGAGAUCGACGAGGUCAGCAAGAACUUGGUUUCGUCGCUCAAGAAGCUGUCCAUGUCGAUGAAGCGAAACGGAUUCCUGCCUCCCGAGGAUGCUUUCCUGCCCCAGACUAUUGAUAAGUCCAUCUGGGUUGAGUAUCCAGCACUGAGUCAGGAUAUGAUCGCACUUCUUUCAGGCAAUUGGGGUUCUGGCCUCACAGCCAUGACCAGCCCAAUGUCCAACCUCCGCCUCUUGGAUGCCUUCCCCAUCGGAGACACUACCGAGAACUUCAACUAUGGAAGAGUACAGGCCGACGUAUAUCUUAUGGAGCAGGGCCACGAAGCUCAGAGGCUGUAUUUCCCGUGUCUGCUUUCCAUGGUUCGACCACAAAAGUCUACCGGACUUGUGUUCGUAUUGGCUAGCCAGAACGGCCACAUGCAACUCGCUAUCCAGGAGAGUAAGAAUGUCGGUCCAGUGUGGGACGAUGUACGCUGGCGAAGCGACACUUGCACAGUUGACAUCCGACUACGCCGUGGUUUCCAAUUGGCCAUCCAGCUGGUUCAGCAGGACUUCAGGAUACUCUACAACAUGUACGACUUUGGAACCAAGGUCCAGAACUCGCUCUUCCCCCGGAGUGACGAGAACAUGGUGUUCAGGUCGACUUUGCGAUCAUUCCAGGUCAUGGAUGCCGACCCCAGCUAUCGCCAAUUCCCUAAGGAGCCAGUCCCUCACUGCGACGUGGCCCUAUUUGAGAAGUUGUAUAAGGAGAAUGGCCCUGCAGGUCCUCGCACAUGGCAUCUCGGGUUCAGGGUUGCGGUGGUGUCGGGGCCGAGGACGAGGACACUGAGCGGAGUACAGCAUUCCUAUUCUCCAGCUCAGCCUAUUCAGUUCGGUUUCUUCCGUGGCGACGGGGAUGCCCCCUCCCUGACGAUCAAAUAUGAGAAUGGCAAAUCCAAGGGCCGUAUGGUCCUAGUGUUUAGCGACGAGAAGGCGAGGAUCAAGUUCCAUUCGUUGCUUACAGGGACAUUCCUGGAUCACGAUGAGAAGAUAUAUGCCGAUAUGGCAAUCAAGAGCUUCAAUGUCGCCCAAACUCUUCGUGACCCUCUGGGCCUGGCACCAUUUAGUCGGAUGCCCUGGAAGGCCGUCAGAAUUGUUAACGACGAGUAUGGUGGAGAUUUUCCGCCAACUGUCCUGGCAGACCGGCUCAAGGUGGUGCUCGAUUAUCAGAACGGCAACGUCGCAGACCGCAUCAACGUAGCUCCAGGCGAGCUGCGCGUGAGGCUGGAAGUGACCAAUGCUAAGCUGCUCCGGGUUCUCCGGCAGCCACAGAAGGACAUGACCAUGUCGGUCUCGGAGGCGCAGGUGCCCAAGGAGCUCCCUCGGAACAUGACGGAUGGGCUCCAGCUGUUGCGACACAACCAAACUAUCCGAACGUUUGAGUUUAAUAACCUGAAGGACCUGCAUGAUUUCCAAUUUGCCAUGACUGGCUUUGAGGUUAUCUUUGAUGCGCUGGCAGUGACCUUUGCCAUCUCAAGGCGCCGGAUGGUGGUGCCGAUUCAUAAGAAGUGGGAGGCUGGAUACACUCGAAUUCAAGUCAUUCAGCAAGAGGACAAGCAACUGCAGCUUCUGGCUUUCUUUGAGGACUUCCACCAUGGACACUGCAUGAACUUUGUUCUCAAAGGCACGGAUGUCUACGAGAGCGUCCAGCGAAGCAGCAAAUCGGGUAUCAAGUUUGUCGACGCCAAGUUCCCCCUGCCACGUCUGCCGGCAGACAAGGAUGGCGACUACGAUGAAAUGGCUUUUGUGUGCCUUGACCUCCCGGAUCUACCGGGCGAGCACGAUGAUAUCUCCAUACUGUUUGAGAAGGAGUCUGACCGAGACGCAUUGGCCCAGUGCCUACCAGCGCCAGUCAAGGGUUCUUCAAAAAUGUCUUCACGACUGAAAUGA